AUGGCAGUCCAAACAAUCCCUGUAAUCGACAUCAGGGCGUAUGGUUUGCAGAGAGAGUCCCCGGACGAAGAGUGUUUCCAGGAACUGGUAGAUGACGUACAUAAUGCAUUGAAGACGAUCGUUUUUUUUUAUUUGACAAACCAUGGUAUUCCACACGAACUGAUUGAUAAUGCAUUGAAACAGUCAUCAACAUUUUUCUCUUUGCCAACUGAGACAAAAAAGAAGUAUGCCAGACCAACAAAUAGUAACCAUGGUUAUGUUGAGAUUGGCAGAGAAGCACUGAAUCCUGAUAGACCGGGAGAUUAUAAAGAACUUUUCAAUUUUGCUCCACAAGAAUGUACUGGAAAACUACAGAUGUUACCAGAGAAAGAGGUGCCAGAGUUCUCAGGAUCACUGAUGGCUUUAUAUGGUAAAUGUAAAGAGUUGAGUAACCAAAUGUUGGAAAUUAUGGCAAGAGGAUUAGAAAUUGAAGAUCCAUUACUGUUUGUGAAAGCCCAUAAUGGUAUUGGGAGUCCAGCAAAUGAUACAGCAUUAAGAACACUUUGGUAUCCACCGAUACCCAAUGAUGAAAUUAAACCUAAUCAGAUACGAUGUGGAGAGCAUUCAGAUUAUGGAUCAGUUACAUUACUAUUCCAAGAUGACGUUGGAGGACUACAGAUCAAAAAUAUUGAUGGUACUUUUGUGGAUGCCAAGCCCUUGGAGGGAAGUAUACUUGUGAAUAUAGGAGAUCUUAUGCAAAGAUGGACAUCUGAUAAAUUAGUAUCCACAGUGAGUAUAAACAAGUUUAUCUCCACAGUAUUGUGCU